AUGUCGGACGAGGUAGUGUGCCCGAAGCCUGAGGAGGAGGAACGGUGCAAGCCACGAUGCACCAAGUACUUGCUAGAGUAUGAGGCUUGCGGCGAGCGAGUCAAGAAUGACACCACUGGGGAGGCGCACUGCACAGGCCAGUACUUUGACUACUGGAGGUGCGUCGACAAGUGCGUUGCUGCACGCCUAUUUGACAAGCUGAAGUGA